AGUAGGCGAAAGGGUGUAGACAUUUUUAAGGCUUAGCGAAUCAAAGGGUGUGGACAUUACUAAGUCCAUUAAUAACAAAAAUUGCCAAGUUGCUUUCCAGGAUGAGAGCACCUGCCCACUUACGCUGCCAGUGUCAAGUAUUGUUAAAAUGAAAUAAAACAUCGUCCAUGACGUCUGAUUUAAUUUUACUUCGUGUAUCUUUUUUACUAGUGAGGUUGAUUUUUUGGAUGCGUCUCUUGCCUAUUGAUAUUUUGUUCUCUCUGCCCUUUGUCAACUUAGCCCUUGUCCUGUAUUUGUUGCAAAUUCUCUCAUAUUUUUUUGUCUUUCCAAUUCCCUUGGGCUCCUUAGAAAUCACAAAGGCUGUUUUUGGAGUCACAGCGACUCCCAGUGGUAAAGGCUGGUAAUAGUUCAGGAUGGGGCAGGGAGAGGGAAACAGCUUGUGUGAGACCCAUUCCCUCAGCAACCCAGAAUGAGCCAGCUGGAAGGGCUGUUCUGAAUCAUCUGGAACAUUUAACUGAGAGAGAUGCUAGUAGUCAGGUAGAGCAGGGAAGAAAAUGGCUUGGGUCAAUAGAGUCAUUUGUAAAGUUGGAACUAGAAGCCAUGCCUCCUGAAUCCCUGGAUGGGAAGUCCAGCUACAGGAUUUGAAAACAUGUCACUUCCUAGAUGCAGGGCUGAUGGAGGCUAUGCCCACCUCAGGGACAGGAGUCGGGGGGCCAGGCCUGCCCCAGGUACAGGAAUUGGGGGCUGUGCUCAUCCAGGGGACAGGAGUGGAGGGGCUGUGCUCACCCAGGGAGCAGGAAUGGGAGGGGGGACAUGCCUGCCUCAGGGACAGGAGUGAGAAGGAGCCUGGGGGACUCUGCUGGACAUCUCAGACCCCUGGGAAAGCACUCCUGGUGAGAAGGGCUCCUUGGGGCUCUGUGCCUCCGUCACUGCCUCUCCCAUGAGUGCUUGUAACCCGAGGAAGUUGUGACUGUUUUUUGUGCUCUGCAGGUGAGGGGCAACGUGCACGGUGUUGCUCACACACUCUUGUUGUCUGUGCUCCACAGAUGUCGGCAUCCUCCUUGGCAUGGCCUUGGGGAACGAGGGCUUGGAGGUGUGGCCAUUGACCCAGGGAGAGGAGUGCACCUUCACAGGCUACCUGCGGGACAAGCUGCAGUACAAAAACCGGCUGCAGUACAUGAAAUACAACUUUCCCAUCAACUACAGGAUCAGUGUGCCUUAUGAGGCGGUGCUCCGAGUUGCCAACAUCACAAGGCUGCAGAGGGCCCAGGUGAGUGAGCAGGAGCUGCGGUACCUGUGGGUCUUGGUGAGUCUCAGUGCCACUGAGUCAGUACAGGAUGUGCUGCUCAAGAACCACCCAUCCUGGAAGUACCUGGAUGAGGUCCAGACGCUGCUGGUCACUAUUCAGCAAGGCCUCAUGGAUGUGGAGGCCAGCCCUGAGGUGGAGGCAGUGCUGUCCCUACUGAGUGCCCCCGGGCUGAAGCUGGUGCGGCCCAAAGCCCUGCUGGACAACUGCUUCCGGGUCAUGGACUUGCUGUACUGCUCUUGCUGUAAGCAAAGCUCCCUCCAAAUCUGGCAGGACUGUGAGGUGCCAAGCCCUCAGCCCCGCGGUCCACAGCCUCCGUCACAGCAUGCAGCCGCCCGGCUGUACCUUCCACCCCAGCAGCCUUCCACCUCCCUGCCGGGCUUCCCAGGCGCAGUGGAGCAGGUGAGGGCGCAGGACGAAGGCCUCCUGCCCUGAUGGCCUGCAUGGUGGCCCUGGGGGGGCAGUGAGGGGUCCUCCAUGCACACAGAAGUCAGGCUGGGCCUAAGACUCUGCUGGGGCAGCCUGCUUUGGGAGAGGAACCCUGGCAAGGCUUUUUUUCUUUGAGGGGUUCAGUGCCAGAGAAAGGCUCAGCUUGCACCCAUCAUGGUCUCACCAGCAGUGUCGGGCGCUGGGGGAACCUGAAGGUGGAUGAGGACAGAGUUCACAGUCCCCCCUGGCAGCACCCUCAGUACCUCCCCUUGCCUGAAGGAGCUAGCUGCCCUGGAGUUCAUGCCAACUCAUGGCGCCUCCAUGUGUGUCAGUGUAGAACUGCACUCCAUAAGAUUUUUGAUGGCUGAUUUUUUUAAAGUAGAUCGCCAGGCCUUCCAAGGCACCUCUGGGUGGGCUCAAACCUCUAACUUUUGGUUAGCAGCCAGAGCAUGUUGACCAUUUGCACCACCCAGGAACUCCUGAAGGUGCUGAAUGUCUCCCAUGGUCUGCAGAGGCGACAGCUGUGCCUGGUGGGCAGGUGGGGACAGGGGACAAUGUAGGGACUCCACAACCAGCCCCUCCCGAGCAGGGGUGCUGGGCAGAGGGCAGAGCCAAAUGCCACAUCUUGCCACAGUGGGCGCUCUUCCAGUUGCUUUUAUUUUUUCUAUUAAACAUCCGCUUCGUUUCGGUUUGGUUUGGCUUGAUUUGCUUUGCAUCUGUAAGUCUGGGGUGGGCUUGGAGACCCUCUGUGGCACCUGCCCUGCCCUCACUGAGUGGCCCGCUGGCCAAGGGCAGAAGGUGGGUGGAGGGGGCUGGGGCUGGUCCUUCCCAGACUCUUGGCCUUCGGGGUCUGGGUUUGAGGAUUUGGAAUGGACAAAGCCUUAGCCAGAGAGCAUGGUAUGGCAGAUAUUUAGGGCUUGAGUUCCUCACAGCCCCGCCCCAGCCCAUGUCACCUCAACUUGUUCCUUCACAGGGAUGGGUGGGGUCAGGGGUGUCAGGAUUCUCCUGGCAGUGACUCCUGACCAGGCUCCCUCCCAGCCCCCAGCAGGGAUGGAGCAGUGGCAUUUCAAAGGCAUAGGUCCUGGCACAGUGCCUGGUCCCUCCACCCCUGAAGAUUCCCAGGAGCCCCUCUGGCCAGGAUCUGGGAUGGGAAAGGGCUGGGGCCAGGUGGUCCCUGGGGUACAGGGGAGGCAGGUGGGACAGGUGAGCAGCAGCUGAGUGAAGCCAGGCAGAGGCAGGGCUGUUAAUUACAGUACAACUUUAUUAAUACUGGAAUCUUCACAGUGCAUUUGUUACUUGUAGCAGUGACUAUUUAAAUCAAGGGGAGGAUGGGGUGUAGUGGGGAGGAGAGGAUAAUUUAUCCAAAAACCGACAGAAA